CGAGUCCCGGCGCUGCCCGGUGGCACCGGGGACUGAGGGCUGUGGUUAAUCCCGGGCUGUGCCGCUGCAGAGAGUCCGGGAGAAGCGACCAUGUCCAUCGCCGCCUCCAACACCAGCAUGAGGGUGCCCGCCGGCUUCCGGAACCUGCUGGAGGGGCUGGCGCGGGAAGUGCUGCGGGAGCAGCCCACCAACGUGGUGGCCUUUGCAGCUCAGCACUUCCAAAAGCUGCUGGAGCAGAGAGAGGCUGGUGGCAUUGACCCGGUGGCGUGGGGAGCCAUGCUGGAGGAUGACCAUCGCACCUGGCCCCCUUCCCAGGAGGCCAAGGACACAGAGGGGAACCGCAGCCUGCGGGAGACGGCGGCACUCAGCGGCUCUGCCAGGACCUGGGCAAGCGGCUCCGCUCAACUUGCCACCUGCGCCGGGAGAGCCGCCGGGGAAGCGCGAUCCUGCCGGAGCCCCUGCCCGCCGCUGGCCGCCCACCCGCCCUCCGCCAUGGACUGCUGCAACGAGGGAGCCUGCACAAAGCUGGACGAGGACAUCCUGGACAUCCCUUUGGACGAUCCUGAUGCCAACGCGGCAGCUGCCAAGAUCCAGGCCAGUUUCCGUGGCCAUAUGACCCGCAAGAAGAUCAAAGGGGGUGAGAUUGAUCGGAAAACCAAGGACGCCGAGUGCGCCAACAGCACCCGCGGCGGCGACCUCCGCAACGGCGACUAG